AUGUCUGCUCCCGUCAAGCUAUCCUUUGGUCUCAACAAAGGUGGUGCAACCAAGAAGCCUUCUCUAGGUUCCAAACCUCUUCCUAAGAAGAAGAAUGCAUUCGGAAGCUCCGCACUAGGGCAAGACGACUCUGAUGACUCUGACGAGGCUACGACCCCGAUCGCUUCAACUUCCAAAGCGACCGCCGGUCGACCGAUGGUCGCCCAACCCCCUGCGAACACCAAGCUGAGUCGAGCGCAAAAGCAAAAACAGGAAGAACAGCUCGCGUUGGACGCGACCGUUUUCGAGUACGACGAGGUGUUUGAUCAGAUGAAGGAGGCGAGCAAGGUCGCGCUGUUGGACAAGAAGAAGGAAUCGGCCGAGAGAAAGGUGGGUCAUGCAUUGGGCGCGGAUCUUGAUGAUAGCACUUUCUAACCCGAUGAUCUGAUGGUCUACAGCCGAAAUACAUCGGUCGACUGCUCGAGACGGCCGAGCUGCGAAAGCAGGAUCGACUGCGCGCCGAGGACAAGAUGGUACAACGUGAACGCGAACGCGAGGGCGAGGAAUUCGCGGACAAGGACGCUUUUGUCACACCGGCGUACCUUGCUCAGCAAGAGGAGCUAAGAAAGGUCGAGGAGGAGGAGAAGAAACGAGAAGGUCCGUCCAUCACCACAAUUCAUGGGCGCUUCGGCCGUCCGCAGCAUACCAUGGCUGACGGGUGUCUUUCGUGUUCAAAUUUAAAGAGUUAGAGGCUGGUAAAUCCGGUGGCAUGACAUCGUUCUACAAGUCAUACCUCGACGCCAGUUCGAAAGAACACGAAGCCGCCGUCGCCGCCACGCUCGCCAAACCCGCCGAAGGCACCCCCAGAACCUCGUUCAGCGUCGCCCCACCACCGAAAGAAAAGACCGAAGCUGAACUCGCGGCCGAGGUAUCGGCUCAGACGGGUCGACGCAUCGAGGUCAACGAUGAUGGCGAGAUCAUCGACAAACGACAAUUGCUCGGAGGAGGUCUCAACCUCGUUCGCAAACCCAAGUCCGACGCUGAUGCGGGAUUCAGCGUGCCCAUAUCCCAACGCAAGACCAGCGACAAGGACGACUCGAGAUAUUCUUCAUCGUCUACAGCUUCUCUAAUUGGACAAGGUCUCUCCCCGGCCGAACGAGCUCGGCAAGCUCGCGAACGACAGUCGCGCGAGUUGGAGCGGCAGAUGCUCGAGGUCGAACGCAAGCGCAAGAUCGAAGAGGAGGAAGCGCACAAGUCCAAGGUACAAAAGGUGCAAAAGAGGAAUGACGAGUCCAAGGUCGAGAUGCUCAAGCGGCAGGCCGAGGAAAGGAGGCUGAAACGGGCCGAGGAGGCGAAGAAAGCUGCUGCUGCUGCCGCGGAGGGAGCAACAGCCUAA